UUCCCCCACUCCAUACUUCUCCUCCUUCCUCCUCAAGUCACAAACCAAUCCAACAUACAGACAACAGAGCCAAGUCCUUAAACCAUAAAAAAAAAAUGGGAAGAGAUUGGUCUUGGCUCGGUGGAGGGAAGAAGAAACCUUCAAGCAAGUCAAAGAAAGACAUCAAUACAACGCCACCGCCACCGCCACCACCGCCUCCGUCUUCAUCUCCAGCCGGCAAUGCUGCAACGGCGGCCGGAUGCAUGAGUGCUGUUUUUAACAUAUUUGAUUUACAACAUUUACAGUUUCCCAUUAACCACCACCAUCUUCAUCUUCCCAAAGGGGUUGAUGCGCCGAGAAACAGCUUGGAAACAACGGAGGAGGAGGAGGAAACUCCAUAUUCACCGGCAAGAAAAGAUGGAAAUUUAAAUAUCUCUAUGGGUUUUAAAAUCAAGACCAAACCACAAGCAAGAUCAUCAUCAUCAUCAUCCCCACUUGCAGCCACUGAAUCUUACUCUCCGAGUGUAAAGACACCAACUUUGGUCGCUAGACUGAUGGGUCUUGAUCUUGUUCCGGAAAACUACAAAUCAUCUCCUACUCCAUCUUCUUCUUCUUCUUCCUUUGAUCUCAAGACAACAACAAGAUCUUCUUCACACACCAACAAACACAGACACUACUCUCUCCAAAGAAACUCUGUCGACGGAGGCACACGAUCUCUUCCCGAGACACCGAGGAUCUCACUCGGAAGGAGAUCAGUCGACUGCUACGAACACAAACGUUCUUCACUUCAUCUACGCGACAACAACAACAACACGUCGUCUGAGAGAGAGUCUAAUGUCAGGCUCACGAAGGUCAAAGAGAUGAAGAUACAUGAAGAUAAAGAGAACCGAAGCCCACGAGAUUACGCUAGACAGAUAGUGAUGCAGCUGAAGGAGAACGUUACCCGGAGAAGAAGAAUGGGAACUGAUCUCACCAACAAAGAACAACAACAACAACAACCAAGAGAGUCCCAUGAACCCAAGAAAGCUUCUAAAACCACAAUCACCACACAGAAUAACACACCAUCAUCCCCAAGAUUAGGUCUAACAACAACAGUCUCAUCACCUCAUACAAACAACUUUCCUCCCAAGACUCAGGAGCCACCAGCACCAAAGACUCAAGACAAGACCAGACUACAAACAAUGAAAGAAGAGCCACAUGGAUACAAAAAACAGAGCAAGUCAGUAAAGAAACAAGACAACUUCAAGUCUAGACUAGUGAAGGAGGAGCCUUUUGUUAGAUCACCAGCAACAAGUACCAACAGCAACAUUCUUAUUCAAGGAGACAAGUCUUCUCUCUCCAUUAACAAUCUCCUCAGCUCCAAAACUGUUCCCUCUCUUCACACAAUCAUCAAGAAGAAAGAUUCAUCAUCAUCAUCAUCACCUCACAAACAGUCAAACAUUAAAGUGGACACGUCAUCAUCAUCACAACCAUCGAGAAACAGAGUCUCAUCAAGAAACAGAGCAAUAACAGAGCUCCCUAGUAAUCAGAGCCAAUCAUUAGAAUACAUCACAAGAACCCUAAGACGAACCGGAAUCGACAGAGAAACACCGAUCUCAUACGCGAAAUGGUUCUCUCCUUCACAUCCGCUAGAUCCAUCGAUCUUCUACUUCCUCGAGCAUUUCGCGAUCUCUAGACCUAGAAACUCGCCGGAAGGCUUAUCUCUCCGAUGCAAUCGGAAGCUACUGUUCCACUUAAUCGACGAGAUCCUCGCCGAUGUCUUGAAACCGAUCAUCGACUCGAAACCGUGGAUUCGCCGUUAUCCGAUCCGAUCUCUGAGAGGAUCGGAGCUGAUCGGAGAAUUGAAUCGGAGGAUCGAGAGGUUUCCGUUGGCGGAGUGUUUGGUUCUGGAAGAUAUCGAUUCUCUAGUGGCCGGAGACUUCCCGGAGACGACGACGGAGACGGUUUUCGAGGAGGAAGGGGAAGGGAUCGUCGCGGAGAUCGAGAGAGGGAUCAUCGAGGAGCUCGUGAACGAAACGACGACGGUUUGUUACGACACGUGGAUCGGAACGGCGCCGUUUCGGGGGAACGGUGAUGUCAGUGGCACGUGGGGGGUUCACGUGACGGGAAAGAUGGGUCCCACCACGACUCGUCCGCUUUGCUUUGCGAAAGGAGGUUGAGGGAUCCACGUGGAUAGAAAAGUAUUUCCACAUGGCUGAUGUUUAUUGGGCUUUUUCUUUUGUACAGUUGUGUUUUUAUUAUUUUUUUGAAAUACUUUUGUAGCCGUUAUAUAUAUAUAACUAAAAAUUAGAAUAAUGUUUUUUUUUUUUUUUGAAAUGUGGUAUGGUGCUAGUUAGAUUAGAUCUGUCAAUGUUCAGAUGUUUU